GCCUGAUUUGAUUAUUUUUGAUUUCCGUCCGUACGCUUCCCCUUAUUUGUUAGUCGUAUGAAGAGCGAUUUUAUCUCAGUUAUUGAACCAUCGACUAAAACAAUAACUCACAAUGUCUUCAGAGACAACGGCCAGGCUUGCUGUUCUCAUUGACGCUGACAACGCCACCCCAAAAUCGGCCUCGCACUUGCUUGAGGAGAUCGCCAAAUACGGCACGGCAUUUGUGAAACGAGCUUAUGGAGAUUGGACUGGCACCAAUUUGACAGGUUGGAAGGAACAACUCCUUACACAUUCGAUCCAGCCUGUUCAGCAGUUCCCCUACACCCAGGGCAAGAAUGCCACCGACUCUGCCAUGAUCAUCGACGCAAUGGACCUCCUCUAUACAAACCGUUUCGACGGCUUCUGCAUCGUAUCCAGCGACAGCGACUUCACACGUCUGGCCGCCCGCAUCCGCGAGUCGGGCCUCGUCGUUUAUGGCUUCGGUGAAGGCAAAACGCCCAAGCCUUUCGUCAAAGCUUGCGACAAGUUCAUCUACAUUGAGAAUAUUCUCCCCGAAAGGCAAGACAGAGCAGAUGUCCUUACUUCGCCCCAGUUACACCAACGCACUCCAUCUACCAAGAUUCAGAUGGACAGCGUCGUUAAAGAGCGCUUGAAAAAGGCUAUCGAGGCGUCCUCGGAUGAGACGGGAUGGGCCAACCUUGCCAAAGUCGGCGGUCUUAUGACCAAACAGUAUCCAGAAUUCGAUCCUCGGACCUACGGCUUCGACAAGCUCGGUCAUUUGGUUAGCAAGUUGCACCUGUUUGAAAUUGAGCAACGCAGUCCUGGACCGGGUAAACCUAUGGUCGUGUAUACGCGCAUACCACCAGCGUGAGCAGGAUAAGGUUGGCAUCAGAUUGACAAGAAGGAUGGAGAACGGUAUUUCAGGAAAUCCAAAUUGUACAAGGACAUGCACGUUCGUGUUUUCAGUCAUACUCACCAGCGUGAACAUACUACUUCCUUUAGCUAG